AUGGCUACACACCCUGUCUCCCCAACAUUAGCAACCCCACCGCCACCAUGGCUACGACAUUCCUGUCUCCCCAACACUAGCGCCCCACCCACCCCACCCCCACCAUGGCAACAACACCCUGCCCCUCCAAAAAACCCCCCCCCUUUCCCCCCCCCCCCCCCCUUUUUUUCCCCCCCUUCCCCCCCCCCCCCAUCUCCCCCCCCCCCCCCCCCCCCUUUUUUUCCCUUCUCCCCCCCCCCCCCCCUCCCCCCCCCCCCCCUCCCCCGGUCCCCCCUUCCCCCACCUCCCCCCCCCCCCCCUUUUCCCCCCCCCUUUCCCCCCCUUUCCCCCCCCCCCCCCUUUCCCCCCCCCUUUCUCCCCCCCCUCCCCCCCCCCCCCCCCUUUUCCCCCCUUCUCCCCCCCUCCCCCCCCCCCCCCCUUCCUCCUUCCCCCCCCCCCCCCCCCCCCCCUCCACCCCCUUCCCCCCCCUCCCCCCCCCCCCCCCCUUCCCCCCCUGCCCCCCCUCCCCCCCCCCCUCUCCCCCUUUCCCCCCCCCCCCCCCCCCCCCCCCCCCCCCUCUUCCCCCCUUCUCCCCCCCUCCCCCCCCCCCUCCCCCUUCCUUUCCCCCCCUCACCCCCCCCCCCCCCCCCCCCCCCUUUCCCCCCACUUUUUCCCCCCCCCCCCCCCCCUUCCCCCUUUCUCCCCCCCUCCCCCCCCCCCCCCUCUCCCCCCCUUUUCUCCCCCCCCCGCCCCCCCCCCCUCUCCCCCCCCUUUUCCCCCUUCCCCCCCCCCCUUUCCCUCCCCCUUUCCCCCCCUCCCCCCCCUCCCCCCCCUUUUUUCCCCCUUCCCCCCUUAAAACCCCCCCCCCCCCUCUCCCCCCCUUCCCCCCUCCCCCUCCCCCCCUCCCCCCCCCCUCCUCCCCUCCCCCCCCCCCCCCCCCUUUCCCCCCCCUUUCCCCCCCCCCCUCCCCCCCCCCCCUUCCCCCCCCCUUUUUCCCUGCCUCCCCCCCCCCCCUCCCCCCUUUUCCCCCCCCCUCCCCCCCCCCCCCUCCCUUUUUCUCCCCCCCCCCUUUCCCCCCCCCCCUCCUCAACCCCUUCCCCCCCCCUCCCCCCCCCCCUCCCCCCUUCUCCCCUCCCCCCCCCCCCCUCUCCCCCUUUCCCCCACUCCCCCCUCCCCUCUCCCCCUGCUCCCCCCCCCUCCCCCCCCCCUCCCCCUUUCACCCCUUUCCCCCCCCAAAAAACCCCUCCUACCCCCCAUCCCUUUCUCCCCCCCCCCUUUAUCCCCCCCCCUGUCCCCCCCCCCUCCCCUCCCCCCCUCCCCCCUUCCCCCCCUCCCCCCCCCAAAGUGAUAUCUGAAGACUGCAAUAGUGAUCUUACUCAGCUGCUUCAAAGACUGAAGAUAUUACAAAAAAGAAAACAAAUCUUCCACAGAGAAAUUAUUGGCAUGACGCAGACACUAAGACAUUCAGAGGAAACAGGAAAUAAUCCCGAUAUAAAAGAAUUCAAAAAAGGUGGGGAAAAUUUUGAUGGGCCUUUAAUGCAGCCUCCUAAGAGGCCAAAAUUUAAAGGACCACCAAUUUUAGUUUUGGCCACAUUAAAGAAUUUCAACCCUUUCAAGUUGGAUUAA